UGAUUUUUGUUAAGAAUUUUUUCCUAUCCUCCACCUCUCGACACGAUUGCUUAAUUACAUUUAUUGUGUUGCAGACAUGCUGUUAAGGGAGUGAUGAUCUUUGCUUAGGAGAAGCACUUCAUCUUCUGAAUCCUGUGGGAUUAGCAGUGUACACUUGGCUAACAAGGCUGGUCAAAACAAUUUUGCAGGACUAUUAUGUUCUAACAAAUUGUUUAAUGACUUAAUAUUAGUCCCUAGGAUAUGAAAUGCAUGUGGUUUCUAUCUCGUAGCUUUUCCUCAAUAUUCUUCCACUUACUGAUUUAAGUAGUUCAAAAAUGUUUUCUGUCACGGUUCGCAGUGAAUCACUCGAGAGUGGACUUGCUGUCACCUGCUAGUGUUUCUUGGGCAUUAUUUAUGAUAUACUUAUCUUAUCCUUCUGUUUGGACAGCCAUAUGCUGUAUGUUGUCCCGAUAAAUCCAUCUUACACACUCUAUAGAUGUAUCAGUGUCUUUCACCCUUACUGUGUGCUGAAGAAUUGCUCUUGAUCAGUGAUCAACUUGGCAGAUUUAAUGGUGCGUGUUCUGAUUGUCUGAGGAAACUUUUGGUUUCUUUGUAUAUUGAUAUCAAACACAUUCAAUAGCCUCUUAGCCCUCCCCCUUCUUACAAAAAAGGGUUUAUCAUGAAUACAGAUGGUGCAUCCUGCUUGUCUUGUUUUCUUAGUAAUAUAAUUGAAAAUUACCUGCUGUAGUGCUGUUGAUGUUCCUGUCCUUGUGUUUUAAACAGGUUGGUUGUAUCUUCUACUUCUGUAUGAAUUUGUAAUUAAUUAUCAGUGAAUUUUGUUCCUUCCAGUAACUUGCUGCAGUUCGCUGCAGGGCUUGGUUCGACUUUAAUGCAAAUAGUGGAGAGAGUGCUGCUAUUUCAAGAUCUCUUAAUUGCUAUGAUAGUUUUAAACAUCCAUGCUGGUCUGAUGGCUCUUUAUGUUAUUAAAAUCAACUGGAUUAGGACAGGACUUUUUCUCCAUAGGUUUUCAACCCAAUAAAGUACGUCCCAAGGAAAAGAAAGAUGACACAGCAGAACCGGAGGCUGACCCUGAACGGGAUCAGAGGACAGUUUUUGCUUAUCAGCUCCCUUUGAGGGCAGAUGAAAGAGACAUUUUUGAAUUUUUCUCUAGAGCAGGGAAGGUUCGAGAUGUACGACUCAUCAUGGAUCGUAAUUCUAGACGUUCCAAGGGAGUCGGGUACAUUGAGUUUUAUGAUGUGAUGUCAGUGCCAAUGGCUAUCGCACUCUCUGGACAACUUAUACGUGGUCAACCAGUCAUGGUUAAACCAUCUGAGGCUGAGAAAAAUCUGGUCCAGUCUACAUCUACUACUGCUGCAGGUCUCACUGUUUCGGGGGCAGCAAGAAGGUUAUAUGUUGGCAAUUUAGUUCCUAACAUCACAGAAGAUCAGCUUCGCGUGGUUUUUGAAUCAUUUGGUACUAUAGAGUUGGUGCAGUUACCUCGUGAUGAAGCAGGUCUCUGUAAAGGUUUUGCAUUUGUCCAGUUUGCACGUCUUGAAGACGCUAAAGCAGCUCAAGUUUUAAAUGGGCAAUUGGAUAUUGGUGGUCGGGUUAUGAAGGUUUCAGCUGUUACUGAUCAACCUGGAAUGCAGGAUGCUGGGGCAACUACUGGUGAUUUAGAUGAUGAUGAAGGUGGUGGCUUGGCUCUGAAUGCAAGUUCCCGAGCACUUCUCAUGCAGAAAUUGGAUCGUAGCGGCAAUGUUACAAGUGUUCCUGGCACACUGGCCUCUUCAGCUGUUACUAGCGCAGGUAUAUCUGCGCCAAUGCCUGGGGCUGUUCCUGGAGUUUCUUCUUUGGCUGCUCCUCUCAUGCAGCCUUCUAUAUCCCCUCUUGGAGGACUACCUGGUGCUGGUCUAACUACUCCAUUGGGCACUCUUGCAAUUGCUGACCCGGUCGGCGUCCCCAGUGAAUGUCUAUUGUUGAAAAAUAUGUUUGAUCCCAAGCUGGAGACCGAACCUGAUUUUGAUCUGGACAUAAAGGAGGAUGUGCAGGAAGAGUGUGGGAAGUAUGGUGCCGUGAAGCACAUCUUUGUGGACAAGGACAGUGAGGGAUAUGUGUACUUAAAAUUUGACAGCACCCAAGCAGCAAUGAAUGCACAACGUGCCCUACAUGGCAGGUGGUUUGCAGCAAAGAUGAUCAGUGCAACAUACAUCGCACCUCAAGAUUACGAGGCAAAAUUUCCAGAAAGCAGAUGAUUGAAGCGGUACGCUGGCAUAUGGAGAGAGCGAGAGACAGAGAUGGCCUCGGAGAUUUUUUAAGAUCUUUUUCCCUUUUGCUUAUUUCUUUCUUAGCUGUGUUGUAAUCUUUUAGUAAGUUGGGUCAGUUGGGUAAUAGGAGUGAACGUCCUGCAUGAGUAACCUUAUUUAUCCUCAAAAAGUAGGAGUGUUAGAUUGAUAGGUUGCAUUGUUUAUUUUUUCCAAAAGAAAAGUAACAUUGUUUAGGAUUUUUUUAUCCGGAAGAAUGUUUAAGCAUAUGUUGCUUUUAGUUCCCAUAUACUUGUAACGACCUGGAAAAUUUUGGAUUGUUACCUGCUUUUUAUUCGGCGAAUUUCGUCUCAAAUAUGUGAAAAUACGUCACAUUUAUGGCUUCAA